AUGGCCAACCCAGUCAAAGUAGACGAAGAGGCGCAAGCCCCUGGAACUUCUCUAACAAUCAAGGAAGAGAUCACUACCGUAUCUGUACCACCGAAAGCCGACGAAGCGGAAACCUCGACCGCCAUGAGCGCGAACGAAACACCAGCACAAGAUGCGACUUCAAAUCAGGAUGCCGUUGCGGCGGGAGACAACUCCCUCACCACCACGACAAACCCUGACCCGAAAGCUGCCCUUGCCGCGCGAAUGGCUCGCUUCAAAGCGCUCCAAGCCGCCAAAGUAAAUGGCCGUAAAGCGACAGAGCGCGAGGUUCGCGAUGCUGAAGACCGUAGUUCUCGCCUUGCGCAAAUCUCCAAACUCGGCGCUCUCAACGAGAAAGCUUCGUACAAACUCCUAAAAUCCGAGGACCCUGAUUUCGAGCGCAAAAGGAACUGGGAUUACACAGUUGAAGAGAGCGAGAGUUGGGAUAAGAGACUGAAGAAGAAAUCGAAAAACAGGGAGGGAGUUGCAUUCGCGGACUACAGGAACGAGGCGAACAAGGUGUACAAAAGGCAAAUUGGUCAGAUGAGCAAAGUCGAUAUGGAAGCGUAUGCAGAAGAGAAGGCCAGGAAACUGCAGUCGCAAGUAUCUUCUGGCCUUCUCCAGCUUGUCGAGACGGACGCGGGAGAGAUCUACACAGUCGACAAUCAAGGGCGCAUCAACACACCAGUCGAUGAAGCGUAUAGCCACGAUCACAAGCCAUCCAAAGAAGCCGUCGAUAGGCUAGUAGAAGACCUGGAGAAGGGUGAGCGCGCCAGGUUGAAGGCCAGGGCGGCGAGGGGCAUACGCGAUGAACAGGAUGUGGGCGAUGUCACGUACAUCAACCAGAAGAACAAGCAGUUCAACGACAAGCUGUCGCGUUUCUACAACAAAUACACGAGCGAGAUACGAGACAGCUUUGAGCGAGGAACAGCGAUAUAA